AUGACUGAAAAUCUUAACAACGCUAAUGAUAAUAUCACCAGUUUGACUGAAAAUCUGAACAACGCUAAUGAUAAUAUCACCAGUUUGACUGAAGAUCUGAACAACGCUAAUGAUAAUAUCACCAGUUUGACUGAAAAUCUGAACAACGCUCAUGAAAAUAUCGACACUUUGACUGAUACUAUCACCAGUUUGACUAAAUAUUUGAACAACGCCAAUGAAAAUUUCACCAGUUUGACUGAAAAUCUGAACAACGCUAAUGAAAAUAUCACCAGUUUGACUGAAAAUCUGAACAACGCUAAUGAAAAUUUCACCAGUUUGACUGAAGAUCUGCACAACGCCAAUGGAAAUAUCACCAGUUUGACUGAAAAUCUGAACAACGCUAAUGAAAAUAUCGACACUUUGACUGAAAAUAUCAGCAGUUUGACUCAAGAUCUGAGCAACGCCAGUGAAAAUAUCAGCAGUUUGACUAAAGAUUUGAACAACGCCAGUGAUAAUAUCAAUAGUUUGACUAAAAAUUUGAAAAUUGUCAAUGAAACUCUCGCGUAUUGUCGAAAGAAUUGGACAAAUUAUGAAGGACAUAUGAAAGCGCUGAUUGGAGCGAAGUUCAACGAAACUUCAGGACGUACAUAUCGGGUUGAUUCUGAUUCCCCGUUCGAGUACAACGAUCUGGUCAGUGAUGAUACAACAGGAGGCAACAACACGUGUGUCGCCGUGACACCCGCCAUACCGUAUAGAUGGGAAUAUGUUCCAUGUUCCGGAUUUACUGGCGCUGCCGCCUGCGAACUUCUCCCGUAA